CUUGGCGAUCACCGCGAUGCACACCGCCAUCUUGGCCGGCUGGCCGAGCGGCGUGUCACGUGACCAGUGCGGUCAUCACGUGUCCGCCCAGGCCCCGCCUCUCGUUGCAAGCGGCUGCGAGCCUGAGCCCAGCUGUGGCACCGCCUUUCCGGGCCCGCCCUUCCUGUCGUUCAACCGCUCUGCCCCGCCCGCCCCGUCCUUGGCGGCUGCUGCUGCUGCUGAGCGCCGCGGGGCUCGCGGCCCUGGGCGCCCCGCAACCCCCCAACAUCCUGCUGCUGCUCAUGGACGACAUGGGGUGGGGCGACCUGGGGGUGUAUGGAGAGCCCUCCAGAGAGACCCCGAAUCUAGACCGCAUGGCUGCAGAGGGGAUGCUGUUCCCAAACUUCUACUCUGCCAACCCUCUGUGCUCACCAUCCAGGGCGGCCCUGCUCACUGGACGGCUGCCCAUCCGCAAUGGCUUCUACACCACCAAUGCACAUGCCAGGAACGCGUACACCCCGCAGGAGAUAGUGGGUGGCAUUCCUGACUCCGAGCGUCUCCUACCUGAGCUCCUGAAAGAAGCUGGCUACGCCACCAAGAUCGUGGGCAAAUGGCACCUGGGUCACAGGCCCCAGUUCCACCCGCUGAAGCAUGGAUUUGAUGAGUGGUUUGGAUCCCCCAACUGUCACUUUGGACCUUACGACAAUAAGGCCAAGCCCAACCUCCCUGUGUACAGGGACUGGGACAUGGUUGGCAGAUUUUAUGAAGAAUUUCCAAUCAACGUGAAGACGGGGGAAUCCAACCUCACCCAGAUCUACUUAGAGGAAGCCUUGGACUUCAUCAGGCGGCAGCAGGCUGCACAGCGCCCGUUCUUCCUGUACUGGGCUGUGGACGCCACGCAUGCCCCCGUGUACGCCUCCCGGCCUUUCCUGGGCAGCAGCCAGCGUGGGCGGUAUGGGGAUGCGGUUCGGGAGAUCGAUGACAGUGUGGGGAAGAUGCUGAGCCUGCUUCGGACCCUGAGCAUUGCUGAGAGCACCUUCGUCUUCUUCACCUCUGACAACGGCGCCGCCCUCAUCUCUGCUCCCAGCCAAGGUGGCAGCAAUGGCCCCUUCCUGUGCGGGAAGCAGACCACGUUUGAAGGUGGGAUGAGGGAGCCUGCGAUUGCAUGGUGGCCCAAGCACAUCCCUGCUGGUCAGGUGAGCCACCAGCUGGGCAGCAUCAUGGACCUUUUCACCACCAGCCUGGUCCUCGCAGGCCUGAAGCCACCCAGCGACAGGGUGAUCGAUGGCCUUGACCUGCUCCCCACCAUGCUGCAGGGCCAGCUGACAGAUAGGCCCAUAUUCUAUUACCGUGGCAACACCUUGAUGGCUGUCACCCUCGGCCAGCACAAAGCCCACUUUUGGACCUGGACCAAUUCCUGGGAGGAGUUCAGACAGGGCAUCGAUUUCUGCCCUGGGCAGAAUGUCUCAGGAGUCACCACCCAUACCCAGGAGGAACACACGAAGCUGCCGCUGCUCUUUCACCUGGGGCGCGACCCUGGGGAGAAGUUCCCGCUCAGCUUUGCCAGCACUGAGUACCAGGGCACCCUCAGCAGGAUCACCCUGGUUGUCCAGCAGCACCAGGACACCUUGGUUCCCGGACAGCCACAGCUCAACGUGUGCAACCAGGCAGUCAUGAACUGGGCACCCCCAGGCUGUGAAAAGCUGGGCAAGUGCCUGCCGCCUCCAGAGUCGGUCCUAGAGAAGUGCUACUGGCCCCAUUAGCAUCUGCUUGGACCCAGGCCAGGCCCAGGAGCUCCUGCCAGUGCCCGAGGAGAGGCAGCAUCCCAGCCGCUCUCAGUUCUGCUAUUGCCAGGCGGAACCCACGACCAGCAGCAGAGCCUGCCAGCCACACCUGGCCCAGUCCCGGGGCUGAAGGCCACAGUUGCCAGUUCCGUGCUGAGCCCACGAUGUUCUGGACGGGCGCUGCCUGCCCGGCCAUGAGGGCCGUGGGGGGGGGGGGCGAUAUCGCAGAGCCCGGCACACGCGGCUCGCCUGCUCCCGCAGGGCGUGGAGCAAGUGUUCCCGCACCCAGCAGGAUGGACGCGCCAGUGCAGGACUGUGGCACAAGUUGGGGAACGACAGAGAAGAAAUAAAGGAGCCGGCAGCACCUCA